AUGUCAUUAUCAGACAGUGUGGAGAAAAGACUAAAAAAACAAAAAUGCAUAACAUCGAAUGGAUUUAAGAAAAAUAGUGAACCACAAGGAGAUAAAACUGAGAAGCAAAAGAUUAUAAAAUCCAGCGGACAUCUCACGGAUGAUGAAAUUGCUGCAUGCAAGGAAGCAUUUAUACUAUUUGAUAUGAAUGCUGAUGGCUAUCUGGAUCCGGAAGAAUUUACGAAAGUUCUAAGAUCAUUGUCAAGAACUCCAAGCGACUCACAGGUAGAGAAAAUGAUGAAAGACGUCAUUCAUCGGAAGGAUGGUAAUGUGAACGGCAUUCAAUUGGACGACUUCAUUGCUCAAAUUGCCAGUAUCUUACCAAAUAGAGACAGUGAGGACAAAAUUAGAGAAGCUUUCCAAAUAUUUGAUAAAAAAGGCGAUGGUCGUCUUUUGGAAGCGGAAUUGAGGCAAAGCUUAACUACUGGUGGUGAUUGCUUGACGGAUGAAGAGGUUGAUCAGUUAAUCCAAGGUGGCAAUGUUGAUAUCAAUGGAAUGGUAGAAAUUGAAUCAUUGGUGAGACAGAUUUGUGAUAUGCAUCUUGGAAUUGAAAAUGUUGAGUGUAAUGUAAAAGAUGUAUUGUCAGAUGAUGAUGAAGAUGAUAGUGAUUAUUAA